UCAUGCGGACAGAUUACUGACGAAGAAGAAAGGCAUCGUUUAUGUUGGUGUAAGCCGUUGCUAUGGAGACAGCUGCGUCCAUGGAAACCUGAAGUCAUAACAACGGCCUGUAACCGGCAGCACAGCAACUGGAGCUUCAGCCACAGGAAUCUGCAGCGCUGCUGAAGAAAGCUGGACUUGGUGGAUUUCAAAUGAACCUGAGACGUAGCAGUUUCUCCCUGUGGAAAUGAUGACAUUGACAUGACCUUGUAGCCAACAUGUCAGAGACCAACCUUUCUGCUGCACAUUUGGACCAACCGGACCACAUCCUCCACUCUGACACUGCGUUCCUGUCUGGAGAGGGUGGCUUGAACAAUAUCCCAGGUUCAACCCAAGUUCCCUCCUCACCAACAGAGGGCGACACCCAUGAUGUGCAAUGGACACUAAAUAUUGCGCUGGCUGUUCCACCGGGUAAAGAUGCUGAAACCCCUGAAGCAGUUGAAAAGGCGACUAAGAGCAAUUCACGGACCUCUGUGGGCAAAUCUCACAAAGCCCAGAGCUGCUAUCACAUUGAAUGGCAGGUGUUGCCGGGAGACACAGUCAAAAUGGACCUCAUACUAUUUGGGCCGGUGGCAAAGGUUUACAAAGAAAACGAAAUCAAGAUGGUGAGGACGUGGCAUGAAGGAGAUAAGCAGUGGGUCGGCUGGUCCCAAGACAUCCGCGUCAGAGUGAGCAGGGACGUGGUGAUCAGGCUUCUCCAGGAGAAGGUCAGGCUAAAGAUAUCCAAUGGGAGCAAAGAACUGUCCAGCCAAGCCAGCUACCAGAGACUGCGAGCAGUGAGAGUGUCUCAGGAGCUCCUGGACAACGCUGCAGACGUGUGUGGUGAGGUUGAGACCAUGGUAAGAGGAAUGAGACGCCUCUGUGAGAAAAAGUGCUCUAAAUCUACAGAACACAAAACUGAGCUGAAGUUUCAUUUUGAGUCAGAGAUGAGGAGCCGAGCAGACAAAAGCCUGGCUCAGGCUGUGCUAAGCCAGGAUUCUGACCCAGAUGUGGUGAGAAAGACAGGCUCUACUUGUGUUGAGAUCAGCCCUGUAGGUCUGGUGGUGGGUGAGACCUCACUGAAUGAGUGCUUCCAAGUUGGUUGUGCUGGUGUGUUUGAGGUCCUGUGCAGCAUCACUCUGGACAAACAAUUACUGUCAGAGCAGCUGAAGGUGGAACUAAAUCCUCUAGUCAUUACUGUUAUAUCAGCCACAUCAAUGCCGUCAUCCCCAGUGCCUUUUGACAUCCUGCAGCAACAGUGCAUGCCUGUAUAUUGCCAGUAUAAGUUUCACGAUUCAAAAGUACACCGGACAAACUUCCAAAAACAGGCUACUAAGAUCUACUUUAGAGAUGUGAAUGUGAUCCUGACAGGCUUAAAGAGCUCUGCAGAGCUCCAAGAGUUCCUCUGUGGUCCACCUCUGGAGAUAGAAGUUCAUGACCGUGACAUAAAGCUGGAGAAAGCCCUGGAAACAACACUUGAUACCCCUCCUAUUAACCCUUUUGGUGUUGCAAGCUUAGAUCUGUCUGACCUGUUAACGGGGAAAAGGAGUAUAAAGGUGCACUUACCAAUCAAGUGCUGCUCCCAAGCACCACUGCUGGAGAGAGAGCACCACGCAGAGAGGAGGACGACGGACAGGACAGUGAGCAGAGGGCCGCUGCCACAAGGCCAUUACUAUGAUGCUAACUCCCAACUAAAAGUCAAGGUGGAGAUAGCGUCUCCUCUCAGUGUUAAGGAAAAUUGUUCUCAUGGUCCCUUUGGGCGCAUCAUCUACUUAUUCGGAUGCAGAAAUCUUCCUGUGCUGUCCAAGCUGAGGCGUCAGAUCCUCCAGACCAAUGUAGCCGCUUUCCGUCUCUCGGCAAAGAACACAGAAACAGCGCUGUCUAAUUACAUUCUGGAGUUUGAGCAUCCAGAAAGCACAGACCUGGACUUUCUGACCGGUUUCCAUGUGCUGGAUGAGAGGACCCACAUCGUGGUUCUUGAAGGGCUCAAACAGCAAGCAGUGAGGAGACUUUGGGAAAGCGUUCCUAUGAAGCUGAGUGGGAACGAGGACGAACAGGUGACAGUCCUCUACAAUUCAAAGCUGGCGUUCUUCAAACGUAUCUAUGGCUCACUGGAUGUAAGCCUGACUCCUAUCUGUCUGCAUCAACCACUGGAGACCAUCGUGAAAAAUCCUCUGAUCUACGUUAGAGGAAUGGUCUCCCAGGCCUGCCUCCAAGCUGUGUCAAGGCUCAGUCAACUCUGUGGAGCGAAGCUGCUCAGCGACGCGGUGCAACACCACCUCUUUCCCUCAGCUGCUAUGGUGGUCAGUCUGAAGAGCCAAUAUGGCAUCGACGCUGAGCCCUGGGAAGAAAUGCCCAGAGCUAGCCAUGAGCAGGGCGUGGUCAGCCUGCCCCCCGGGACUAAGACACAUUCACCGCCCCGCACAUAUAACAUGGAGUACAUCAAAUGGAAACACAACAGUCAGAGUUGCAAGGACUUCAUACAGAUAAAUAUCAGAAAAGUGCAGGAGGAAAGUGAGCGGCUGAAGAAGACAAAGGUUGCCCAACCAAGGGUAGAACUAGCUGGAGCUGCAGCUAGCCAUAUCUACAGCAUCCAAACCUUCAACUCAAACGUGCUCGCCAAGGAACUGCUGUGGUCAGAGAUGGCAAAGUUCCCAGAGCGAAGGUUUACCUACAGUCAGCAGUACCACAGUGCUACCGUGGCGCCGGGAGAGGUGACCUCUAAAACAAGCACCGACUCUGCUGCCAGGGCUCCUGCUUGGUCCACAAGUAUGGACGAGUGUUGGCUUCACCCCAGACAACCUGAUCAAGCUCGUGUGGAGGAACUUAGGAAGCCAUGGAGGGAAAACAUCCUACAUGCCAACUUAUUGAGUUGCAAUCCUUGCCGAGAGAGAUGGACCUGGAGCCAGCGGUCUGAGGACUUUGAGCUCUACAGAAAACCUCCCACAUUCUUCAGCAUCCCUCCUGGCGACGCUCUGCAGCGGGAGCCGCUCCAAACUGAUGGAGCUCAGUGCGCUCACCGGCUGCAGAGGCUGCUGCUUCCUGACGCUGGACCAUCAAGUAAUUGUUCUUGAAGAAGACAUCGUUGCAGAAUGUGUUGGCGAGCAGCACCUGGAAGGAACAACAUCACAGCAGGGUUCAGGAAAAAA